GUGGGAAUUAUAAGAACCCUCUGACUGCGCGCCCCGAAAAGCGCCUUUGACGCACGCGAACUAGCGACGCAUCGGCUUUCAGCUGCGCCAAUCAUCAUCAACCUGCAUAACGCAUUUAAACCCAAACGAUCCAAGGGUCUCCUAAGCUAGGCACGUAAGAAAAACUUGCAUCAAAGCCCAAACAGGCAAGGUGCCAAGGGCCAUACCCAAAAAGUAUAAGGUAUCUACUCUGCCGCAAGGAGCUUGGGCCACCUAGCUCGGCAAUCGAGGCCUAUCCUAAUUAUUAUCCUUACGGAACCAGAAGCAAGGAAACUUUCCAUUGCAUUACGACAAGAACUAUAUCAUAGCACAGCCAAGCUUUCCUACCCUUAGUGACAUUCCCAUUGCGCGUCGCGCCCUGGGAAUUGAUCUGUCUGUUAGUUGUCAGUGGACAUCAUUGGAAUCAUCACCGACAGCGUUGUGGUAAUACCAUCGUCAAUUGCAUGAGCAAAGCUUAAAGACCAAGGAAGUUUACUCUCGGCAACAGGCGAGCCCCAAACCGAGCUUCGAGACUUGCACGCGAGGCACCUCUGCGGCCGACCGACACGAAUUCCCGCAAUCGGCUAGUCAAUCUCACGCGUUCCGGCCAGCAAUAUCAUAUUACCCACACACAGCCAAACAAUUUGUUGCAAACUCUCGUGGUGCUCAUCGUCUCUGGCGGGCCUCCUAUUCUCCCGAAGACUUUCGCAGAUGCGAUGGCCUCGGCAACCCUGCUGCUUCUUCACUCGUCAAUCCACGCGCAGAAGCCUUGCUAGGGUUGCCUAUUAGGCAGCUGUCUUUGUCUCCUCCCCUUGGCCUGAAGUCGUUUCGUAUCCCUCAAACCGUUCAGCAAACACCAAGUACCAGCAGCUAUACCACCCAACCCCUACAAGCAUUCACCAAGGCUCGGACGCGUCUCAAUCCGAAGUCUUAACACGAUGGCCCCGAGCUCCAGGAGGGGUGGCAACACGGUGUUGACCCUAGGGCCUGGCCUCAACUACCCCAUCGAGAUCACCAAACUUUACAAGUCACCAGGUGAUCGUGUCAAACGACAAGAGCCGCUCUUCCAGUACUCAAACAAGAUUUGGGUUGAAGAGGGUGACUUUGACACUGGCGAGUACAAGAGGGUCCUCAAACCCACGCGCGUAGAAUGGUCAGCCCCAAAUGACGGCAAACUAUCAAAAUGGCAUCUCAAAGUCGGCGAUGUCAUUGGCAGAGAUGGCGAGUGCGUUACGAUCGAAGAGGACUGUACACACGAGAUCCAGUACCAAAAGAUGUGUGCGUUGUGCGGUCAGGAUAUGACGCGGGUGGACUGGUCGGCCAGCAGGCCUAGUACGUCGCGUGCCACGAUAAACAUGACCCACGACAAUACCGGCCUGUUGAUCAGCAGGGACGCUGCUGCGAGGACUGAUCUUGAAAUGCAGAAGCGUCUCGUCGCUCAACGGAAGCUGGUUCUAGUGGUGGACUUGGACCAGACGGUGAUCCAGACGGCCUGUGAGCCAACCAUUGGCGAAUGGCAGAAGGACCCUAGCAAUCCAAACUACGAGGCCCUCAAGGAAGUUCGGAGUUUCGAGUUGCCCAGUGAGGAUGGACCUAGGAGGAACUACACAUACUACGUCAAAUGCAGGCCUGGCACGCACGAGUUUCUGAACAAGGUGUCUAACCUGUUUGAGAUGCAUGUCUACACUAUGGCUACGCGAGCUUAUGCCGAGCAUAUUCUCAGGAUCAUCGACCCCAAAAAGAACUUGUUUGGCAACCGCGUCAUCAGCAGGAACGAAAACAAGGGUAUUGAAAAGACACUACAACGAAUCUUUCCUACCAGCACCAAAAUGGUAGCUGUUAUUGACGACCGCACAGAUGUUUGGCCACAAAACAGGUCAAAUGUGAUCAAGGUUGUCCCUUACAACUUUUACAUGAUUGGAGACAUCAACUCGACAUUCUUGCCAAAGCGACGCGAUAUAAUUCCUUCAGGGCCACCGGUCAAGGGCUUCUUGGUCAAUGGCCGAAAUAACGAGGCCGCCGUGUCCGACCAGCCAUCGAGCGCUGCGACCGCGGAGCCAAAGGAAAUGACUGAGAAGGAGCUCAAGCAGCAAAAUGCGGAGCAGGCCAAGUCGUUGGAGAAGCAGGUUAUGGACCGACCGAUUCUACACAUGCAGGAGCAGCUCGACAAGGACAACGAAGUGGCGGCUAACAGAAUGGAAGGCACCGAUGAUUCGGAUCCAUCCGUACCUGCACCACAAGUUCACAUGCUUUUCAACGAUGAUGACGAUGAAUUACAUUACCUCGAGCAGCAUCUUGCCAAGCUUCACCAGGCUUGGUGGGCCGACUACGACGCAACCAUUGCGAAGAAGCGUGCCGAGAGAUUGGCUAGUCUUCGGCAUCGUGGAAUCGUCGGACAGGCUGCCGAACAGAGGACUACUGACUACAUCGCCGAGAACCCCGUACCGUUGCCGGACGUGGCCAACCAUUUGGGUGCGUUAAAAUCAGAGGUCCUCAAGGGUACCAGAAUAGUGCUCUCUGGCAUCAUCUCACUCAAGGAGGACCUAGAGACGUGUGAGAUUGGGAGGCAGGUUCGAAGUUUUGGCGCUGAGCUGCUUCCAAAAGUCUCAUCUGAUGUCACGCAUCUUGUUGUGAAAAAGGCUCGGCUGGGAACAUCAAAAGUUUCGCAAGCUGAAAAGAUCCCGAGUAUCAAGAUCGUUGAAUCAGGCUGGCUAGUGCAGUCCAUGGUACAAUGGAAGCACCUCGAUGAAGGUCCGUUCUUGGUGGAUAGACGGGGCUCCCAGCGUGAACCUGUUGUGUCGGUCAACCCAGACGGUACAGACGCAGAGCUAGACUCGGAUGCCGAAGCAGACAUGGAAGGAGACAGCAGCGGUGCUUCAGAAAACAGGACGAGGCCACUGAAGAUCAUCAUAUCUAAGCCUGGCGCAGGCGACACUGACGAAGACAGUGGUGAAGGUCUGGAUGGUGGAGAUGACGAUGAUUUGCCCGCAGCUCCUGGUAGCCCUAUCGACCAAUUGAAGUCUUUCGACUGGAGCACUGCCGACAAGGAGAUGGCGGAGUUUCUCGGCGACGAUGACGACGACAGCGACAACGAAGAUGGAGAAGACAAUGAUGGGAACUAUAGCGACAACGCAAGCACAGUCUCAGAUUUGACCGAUGCAGACAGUGCUGCACGUCAGAAUACUGCCCCAAGAAAACGCAAAAAGGGCACGGAAGAUGUGACAGACUCGGAGGACGAUUCCAAGUUAUCGGGGAACCAUAAUUCUAAAAAGCAGAGGGUGGUACUGCGGGCGUCAUCUAAGCUCAGAGAGGUGCGAAUUCCUGGCGACCAAACCCCUGGUCAUUUACCGACCCCACGAGUUACGGGUGACUGCGAGGAUGAGAAGCACACAGAGAGCAACUCAGCCAAUGGCAGCCCAACACUACUGCCGUCCAAUGCAGAGGAUGUGGUUGCGUCCGAUAUGGAGGACUACGACGACAUGGAGGCGGAUCUGAUGGCGGCCCUCGAGGCCGAGGAGAUGGCCGAUUCCUCUCUAUGAAGGGCCUGAUAUCGCAAUCUUUUUGCCUAUAUUGCACUGUCGAUACGGCAAUCCUCUGUUCUUUUUUAGUGUAUUGGGGAAAUGGUGUACUGGGUAUUAGAUGUCACAUUAAGCGACGGCGUCGACGGUAGGGGCUGAACUCAACCAUGAUUUGUGGGAUCUCGUCUUCUUUUAGUGUUUUUGGUGAAUUAAUUCAUUUCUUCGAUCUGAGAACGCUUGCGUGACACUGAACAUCAAUAUUUUUGAAUACCAGACUACAAUAUUCGGUGUAUGCCAGGCGUGCGCCCACUUAGUAAAGCAACAAGAGAGCAUAUAGUUACCAUGACAAUACCACUGUCGUUUACCCUGCUGAAUCGAAC